AUGCCGUACUCCAUCCCCUAUUAUUACACAAUUCGGCGUGCAUUGGCUCGAACUCGUGUCAUCCGAACCCUCUUACUCGCUUUCUUCGUGUUCAACCUUCUCGAGCUACAGUGGAUCCUCAACCGAGUCGCCGAAGCCGACGCCGUCCACCACAACAAGCCGCGUCGUCAAGAAAGGAUCUUCAUCGCCAGCGUGAACUGGAAUAAUGAGCUCGUGCUCCGGACGAGCUGGAAUCAUGCGCUUGUCGACCUCACCACGAGACUUGGUGCUGACAAUGUGUUCGUGAGUAUCUAUGAGAGCGGCAGCUAUGACAACACAAAGGGCGCGUUGAUGGAGCUUGAUGCCGAGCUGCAGCGACUGCAAAUACCUCGUUCUAUCAUCUUGUCGCCCGUCACGCAUGAAGAUGAGAUCAACUCGACGCCGGGGGAUGGCUGGAUCUCGACGCCGAAGGGCGAGCUCCCGCGUCGCAUUCCGUAUCUUUCUCGUAUUCGAAACCUUAGCUUGAAGCCCCUUCACGAUCUAGCAGAGCAAGGCAUUACCUUUGACAAGAUCCUUUUUCUGAAUGAUGUGGUGUUUACGGCAAGCGACGUCUUCGAAUUGCUGGAUACGAACGAUGGUGAGUAUGCCGCAGCGUGUUCAAUGGACUUCUCGAAGCCGCCCAAAUACUACGACACGUUCGCCCUCCGGGACGCAGGCGGCCACGAGACUGUAAUGCAGACAUGGCCGUACUUCCGCAGCUCUGUCUCGAGAGGAGCCAUGAAAUAUCUAGAGCCGGUUCCGGUGCAAAGCUGUUGGAAUGGAAUGGUUGCCAUGCCCGCUGGCCCUUUCCUUACCAUCCGGCCCCUGCGAUUCCGCGGGAUCCCGGACUCCCUCGCCGCAUUGCACCUCGAAGGCUCAGAGUGUUGCUUAAUCCAUACGGACAACCCUUUAUCGUCAAGGAAGGGCGUUUACAUGAAUCCUUUAGUCCGAGUCGGAUAUAACGGCGACUCAUGGGGGGCUGUGAACCCUGCAACUAAUUGGCUUUCGGCACGGUCUAUCCUGCAAGGCUUGUGGAUAAACAGGAUUCGGCGGUGGACGUCGACGGCGUGGUUGAAAGAGUGGAUUGUACAGCGGCGCAUAGACGAGUGGGCUGCUUUGAGCCCUUCGAACCGGGAACCCGGGAGAAUUUGCAUUAUUAAUGAGAUGCAGGUCCUAGAUGUUUAUGGCUGGGCUCAUGUCUGA